AUGUGGUACUUCAGUGAGAUAUUGGGUGAAGCUGUGUGGAACGAUGGACCAAGGACGAGGGACAAUGCCCAUGACGUGGCAACGUCAUGGGCAAGGGGUAUCACGACGACGACACGCGAGCACGACGAAACACGACGACAAAAUGCGACGACGACAAAACACGACAAUGACGAAACGCGAGCACGACGAAACGCGAGCACGACGACACGCAAACACGAUGAUGACAACACGCGAAGCCGACCACACGACGUACACAAACGAGCGCCCACGGAAAACGGUCACCGCCCAUCACCGCCUGCUGCCACGUCACACGAAAACCAGCCACCGCCCAUGAAAAACGACCCCCGCCCACAAAAACGACGACGACACGCAAGGACAACGACACACGAUGACGACGACUACACGCCGGGACGACAACACACGACAACGACACGCGACGACAACGACAACGACACGCCGGGACGACGACACACGACAACGACGACAUGCGACGACAACGAACGAGCGCCGACGAAAACGCCGCCCCCACCACACCCGAAAAACGAUACGCCCACAAAAAACGACGAGCGCCCGCCAGCGCUGAAUGGCGAUGAGGGCCCAGCAGCAUCACCCUUCCCCUCCACUCUCUCCCCCCAUCACUACCUCCUCUCUUCACCACUCCCACUCCCCUCCACUCCCUCCCCCCUUCACACUCUUCCCCCUUCCGUCUCUCCCCCUUUCCCCCCUCCCCCUUUCCCCCUCCCCCUUUCCUUGCUCCUCUCUCCCCCCUCCCUUUCCUUCCCCCUUCCUUGCUCCCUCCCCCCUCUAUUCAUUCCUCUCUUCCCCCUCCCUUUCCCUUUCCCUUCCCCCUCCCUCCCCCCUCUGUAA